AUGGGGGAGCCCGUCGGGGUUCGCGAGAGCGUGUUUGCACUGCAUCUCGGUGCCCUCUACAGUUUCUCGACCGAAUCGCUGCUGGAGACAGCUGGGAGCAGCAUCAACAGCGGUGGAGAAACUUCGCACUCUGCGAGAUGUCUGCUGCCCAACCGUGCAACAGCGGUGCUGCAACUGCCUUGCAGCAACAACCACAACGACAGCAGCAGCAGGGACAAGCAGCAGCCUAGACGAAGCAGUGAGAAUCCCUGCGGGCGCUCCGUCUCCGCAGCUGCUAGUGGACCUUCUGAACAGGGUUCCGGACAUAUCACAGAGGUGUUCUGCCGCUCUUUGCCCCUGUUGCGGACGCCGGCGGCGUCGCCGGCGCUGAGAACGGCGACGGCCACCGCCGACCGCAGCGACGCCCACGGUGUCGUCGACGCUUUGCGGGAGGCACUCGGGCUCAUCUACGGAGGAGUGCACGUCGUGCACUCGCCGCACCAGUCACCAGUCCGCGCCGCUGCUAGCCUAAAAACCGGCGACGUUGACGUUGAUGGCGGCAACAACCCCGAACGGCAAGCGCCGCCGCCGCUGUUGGAGCCUUGCACGCGGUUACACGCCGGACUGGCCCCGUUGUAUUCCCCGCUCGUGAGGUCCGACGACAAAGCGUUCGUGAUGUUUGCAUGCUUGCCCUUCAGGCUUACGGCCCUCACGCAGCUGUGCCGAGCGAAGCGAGGAAUACCGGGAACGGGCCGGAGGCGAGACCGAAACUCAGUCGACCUUGUCGUGCGCUUCGUGUUCUACCAGCUCUUGAGAGCCGUCGACUUUCUUCACUCCAAAGGCAUUACAGUUGGAAACCUCAGCUCGGGCAGCAUAUUGCUCACCGAGAACCUUUGGGUACAAAUAACGCCGUCGAUUCCGCUGCUGCUCGGGAGACAGCAGCAGCAGCAACAACAGCAGCAGGCACUGUCGCGACAACCACAAGCUAGCCCUCGGCGAUCGCCGGGUGACGACCUUCCGCUCACCUACCGCUGGGUGAAGGGCAUGGUUUCGAAUUUGGAGUAUCUCCUUGCCGUCAAUGCCGCCGCCGGGCGAAUGGUUGGGGACCGUUCGUGCCAUCCGAUCGUGCCGUGGGUCUGCGAUUUGUUGCAUCGAGUGACGGAGGAGGAGGAGACGGCGGCGGGAGGAGAUGGAGGGGGCGGGGAAGGGACGGGCUGGAGGGAUCUGACAAAGACCAAGUUUCGGCUCAAGAAGGGAGACGCGCAGCUCGAUAGGUCGUACUUGGAAGGGCAGCCGCCUCAUCACGUCCCGGAGAGUCUCUCGGAGCUUACGCUCACCGUGUACCUCGCUCGGCGACUCCCUCUACAGGUGUUGAAGGACGUCGUCCGGAGAGAGCUCGUUGUGGAGGAGUACCCGAAGUCCCUCGCCAGGAUGUACAGCUGGACGCCGGACGAGUGCGUGCCGGAGUUCUACACGGACCCAGGCGUCUUCCGGUCGGCCCACGGCGAUGCUGGUGGCUUGCCCGACCUCGAGGUUCCUCCGUGGUGCAAUGGGUCUGCAGAAGAGUUCAUCCGGUAUCACCGGUCCCUCCUGGAAGGCGAAACGGUGUCCCGCAGCCUCCACCGGUGGCUGGACGUGACGUUCGGCUACUGCCUCACGGGCCAAGCGGCCGUUGACAACAAGAACGUCCCGCUGCCUCCCGGCGGCGGGGCGAGGGCCGACGUCACCUCCGGCUCCGGUGCUGGAGGGUUCACCUUGAGCGGCACCAGCCACCACGGGUUCGUGCAGCUCUUCCGGCACCCCCACCCUCCGAGGAACCGAAACGCCUACACGGCGGCGGUGGCCGGCACCGCUGCUGCUGGCGGCGCUUCCGCCUCCCGGCCGAAGGAUCCGCCGUCACGACCAUCUCCAGAGGACAACGCAGGUGCUGAACCAACAGCGGAUUUCUCGCCAUUAUCGAACAUGGCGGCAGCGGCGGCGGCCGCGGUGGCGGCGAAAGAACGGGGUUCAUCGACAGAAGAAGGUUCGAUAGAGGGUCUCCGCAGUGCGGCCGCUGGUCCGGACGGCGCCUCCGAUAGUGCCGGGAAAAGCAUUCGUGAAGGUAUAGGCACCGGCAACCGGACAGAUGCGGUCACGGCGGAGCGCGCGGGGCUCGAAUCGGAAGGCAGCGGCGGAGGUGCGAGCAUUUUCGGGGUGGCGUUCGACGACUACAUCGGCGAGGAAGGGGUUCGCUCUCCUCCUAACGCAGCUGGGACGACGGCGGCGGUGGCGGCGGCGGCGGCGGCAGCGGAAGGGGCUGAGAGCGCCGGCGCCGCCGGCGAAGCGCGCGCGAAGGUCGAGGAGGACAGAAGGGCUUUCGCCUUUGCGCACGACGUGGGGCUCCGCUUAGAGCCGUGGUACGGCAGGCCUCGCACGCGCUCCGGUGGCGGCCCAAGCGUUGCCGAUUCCGCCGCCGCCGCCUCCGGCGGGACCGCAGGCGUUACCGCUCCCGCGGGUGAAGACAUAGCCACGCCGACAACGACUGCCGCCGCUGCGCGUCGCGGCGGCUACGCAAGCGGCAGCGACGGCGUUCGGUCAUCGGAGGCGGCGGAUCUACUCGCUUUAGGCUGUGUCCUGGCGGAGAUGUGCGCGGGGGAACCGGUUCUGGCCGGCCCUAGUGCCUCGUCGGAGAAGGCGACGAGCAGGGGCGGCGGCGGCGACGGCUGGCUGGAAGCGGUCGUGGAGCUGCCGUUGGCGUUGCGGAAUACCAUCGGCGCCUUGACACAUGCGAAUCCCGCAAAGCGACCUUCAGCCCACGCCCUUUUGUCCACAACGGAGCCAGCGCUGCAUCACAUAGACGCGGCACCGUCGUGUUCGGUGCCUUCGACGCGAACGGGUCGAGGGGGGUGGCCGGAGCCUGCGCUACCGCCGCCGGCACCGCCGUCGCACGCCUACCGCGGGCUCUUCCCUCCGUACAUGCGCGACGUGUACGCCUUUCUCGCCGCGGUCCACCAAGAGGAGACCCCCCACAAGCGCCUAGUCCUAGCCGCGGCGACUCUCCCCGUGCUCCAGGUACCCAUCCACGCGUUCUCUCUCGCGGUGCCCCACUUGGUAUCUCUCCUCGGAGACAUUCCACUUCCGGUUACAGAAACAGAGAAGGCCGGCGUGGGCGACGCAGUGCCUGCAAGAGCUGCGACCCGCGCCGAUACGGAGGCCAGCGGCACACAUCGAGGAAAGAGAGACGCGAGUGUUAGCACAGAGGAGGGUGAGCGGGAACGGUCCGAAGAACGGUCCGAAGAACGGUCCGAGGGUCCAUCGGCGCCUGCGGCUGCGACGGGGCCUCUGUCGCCGGCGACAUCGGCGGAGGGGGCGGUGACAGGCGUUGCGCAUCUGGACGAGCCGUCGCCCGUCUCAGCAGAAAAAACGUCGCAGCUUGUUGCCGAGGUUUCGAAAUCGUCCUUGCCGUCGUCGAGGGUCCGGAUCCCGCAGCACGCGUGCCAUCUGAUGGACGCCGACAUAUGGGGGGUGGUCGCCCGAAGGGUAGGAAACGAGGCCUUCUUGAGGCGUGCUCUCCCGCUGCUGCUGGCGUGGUUGGAGCGAGGAGUCCCGACCGAGACCGACGGUACGCCUGGGUGCCGUGAGACGAGAACAGCAGAUACAGAGGCGCCGCGCGUCCGAGAAGACGGACAACGGGACGGCGUUACGCUGGCGCCGGACCGCGUUCCUCCACGAAGCCGUGCAUCCGGCGACGUGACGACGAGCGAGGGUUCGGGACAGGCGAAAAUGUCCUCCCGGGACGCGUCGGGAGGGCGAGGGGAUGAUGGAGUGGGCGAGCCCGGCAUGUCCGUUGAGGGUGGCGAAGAUUUGUCUGCGAGCCGGGUGCAGGUGGCCGCCUCUUCCUGCGUUUCGCAGGACAUUUUUGAGUGCCUCGGACCGACCCUGGCCGCUCGUUACCUGAUUCCGGCGCUGGUAGACUGCCUGGGCCGCCUCGUCAAUACGGCGGCAGCCUCGACUCGCCACGCCUUCCGCUCGGAUACCACCGCCAUCCCUGAGUCCGACGUCACCUGGGGCGAAAUCAACAAGAACGGCUUGGCCGCACCUCCUCCUCCUCCUCCUCUUCCUCCUCCUCCUCCUCCUCCUCCUCGAUUAGCGGGAGCAGCUGCCGAGCGACGUUGUCCUCCGCCACCCCAGGAUCGCUGCGGGGGUGGGGACCCCGCCAGUCUUGCGCUUCUCGGGUACUGCCUUACCCGCGGCGCGACGGAGGAGUAUCCGGAUCCCGGGGUCAGCGGAGGGACGCCCUUUUUGGUGCUCUCUAGGGCCCUCGGAGACAUCUGCGUGCAUAUUAGCUCGGAGGAGGUGACGGUACCGCUGGUGCUCAGCCGCGUGUUUCAUCAGGUUCUCCCGAGUCUCGCGCCCGUGCUGGCACAGCGAGGGGGGCCGUCCACGACGGCAACGGGCUUCAGAUCUGUCCUAGAGGUUACCUCUCUGCUCGGGCGACUUCUACCCACGCUCUGCCCCGAGACCAUAUCCCACUUCUACGUCGGCCUGCGGCCAGCAACAGCGUUAUCACCGCCGUCCUUCCAUGCGGAUGCCACCGGCACCGAGGCGGCGGCGGUUACGCCGCAGGCGGCAGCCGAACAUCACAGCGUGCCCUGGCUGCUCUUGGCGAUGCCUCUGCCGCAGCCCGUCUUCCGAGAAGCGGGAGGCCGUGACUCGAACUUGUGGACGGACCGUUCCUCGGACCGUUCCACGAUCCGACGCUCACCGGGUCGGCAGGAAGACGGGUUCUUGAGCCCUACCACCGGCGACGGUGGAGGUAGCGCCCACGUCGACGGCGGCCGGAACCACCCCGAAUUUUCCGGGGGCCCGGCGGGAGGGGCUGCUGAGGGCGUGUGCGACGACGCGGACGUCUCGACGCGUUUCGUCUGCCACGUGGAAACGGCGCGGUUGCUUGCGACGACGGCGAUGGGGGUCCUCGGGGACGGCGGCUGGGAGGAAGAGGGGCGGGAGGAGUGCUCGAGGGUGCUGCAGGCGGCGGAGGCGUUUUUUGCCGCCUUUGGGCGCUUGUACUGCGGGUUGUCGUCGUCGAGCCCAACCAUGGUGGCGGCGCUGAAGCUUGCAAAAGAGCUGCACACGCCCCUAGCUUCGCUUUUUGGGUUCGACGUGAUGCGCCGGCGUGUCCCCUCGGCGUCUGGCCGCGCCGUCCCGUGGCUGACCGACAGCCUCGUGCACGCCAGGAGAGACCCGCGGCAGCAGCAGCAACGGCGGCAGCCCCUCGCCGCCGUUCCUCGAGAAGGCUUCGGUGCGGGCGAGGAAACAAGCGCCUUCGCUUUGGCAGAGCUCGGGCAAGUGGUGCGGGAAGGAGAGGGUGACACGGCCGCCAGACCACAGCAGCAGUCGUGGCACCUUGGCCAUCCCAGUCCAGCCGGUGGAGUCGUGGCCGGCGCCGGCGCCGCCGCCGGCGCUGUUGUCGUCGGCAGCGGGGGGCUGAAGUCGUCUUGGAAGGCUCGGCAGCAGCUCGUGGGAGCGAGCGGCGCUGACAGAGACGGCUCGGUCUUUCCCUCGCAGGAAGUCGGCGAAGAAGAUGCGCUCGACUACGGCCACGGCGCCCCGCACGACGACUUGUCCGUUGUAACAGACGGUGGGAUGUACAUCUCGCCGGCGGAAUCGCCGGAGCCCCCGUACAGCCCGGGCCACUUCGGCAGCGGCAGCACGGCGGUGCAGGUAGUCUCCGGCGUUGCGGAUCGGAUACAGCAAGCGAUCAAGCAGCGCCUGGUCGCGGACGGGGGCGGAGAAGGCGGCGGUGGCGGCGGCGUGUCGCCCUCUGCGAAGCGUCUCGCCGGGUGGCUACAGUCGGGUUGGCGGACAGCAUCAUCAGGAGGAACAGCAGCAGCCUCGCCAUCUUCUGGCGAACACCGAAAUCGACCACGAAGACAGUGGACGACGGGUGGCGGUGGCGGGGCUACCGAAAGCUCCACCGGUCAGGGAGCGGUAGCCGGCCGCGGGAUUGGUGGCGGCGGCCAGCCGCGAAGUAGCCCGCGAAGAGGGGUGCCGGCGUGGGGACACGCGUCUGAGAAGCUCGACCCGCUUCUGCCGCCGCCCUUGUCGGCGCUGCCGCCCGCUUCCUCGAACCAUCGCGGCCGUGGCAACGCGGCGGCGGCCGGCGGCGGCGGCGGCGGCAGCGGUAGCCUACGACAGCAACACCGGGAGCCGCAACGGGAAGGGAGGGAGGGGCGGGCCGGUCGUAGCCGGAGCCGCGAACCGCGGACGGCGGCGCCAGAGGCGGGAGAUGGAGGCGGCAGCAAGUCCGAAGAACAUUCCCUGGAGUGGCCGUCUCUGCUAGGUGCCCUCGGGUCGCGGGCUCCCUCCCCCACCGCCAGGAGCGACUCCUCGCAGCACUCCCGGGCCGCCGCCGCCGCCGCUGCUCCCGUCUCCUUUGCCGGUGCGCCGGGAGACAACGACCGCGACGACGGCGAGGCCGCUCGUAUCCGUCGUGAAACGGCAGAGGCAACGGCGACGGCGGUCGCAACCGGAGCCGAAGACGGGAUGCUGCCGUCGUCCCCGCCGCGGUCCCCGUUCCUGUUCCGAGGCACCUCGCCCACGAGGUCGUUGUCCGCGCCGGCGAGAUCGCCUGCCGCCGCCGCCGCCGCCGCGCCCCCGGUUUCGUCGGACCCGCCCCCCCCACCGCCUGGCACGUGCUGGGGGGUGGGGGUUGAGGUGGCGCCCCGGCUGCGGGAGCGGGGGUGGCUCACGGGUACCAGGGGAUGGGGGGAGCCUGGGCAAAGACGAGGGCGCGAACUGGCGCAAGGAUUUCAGCCGGAUAGCGUGGGGUCUAUGUUUUCUCUGGACAUGAGUUUACAGACAUCGUUUUUUGGCCACAAGGUCGCGGUGACUAGCAUGGCGGUCGAAAAGCGGUCGGAGUCGGUCCUGCUCACGGGAUCCGCGGAGGGAGAGGUGCGCGUGUGGUCUCUGCGCGACCACCCGGUCUCUCGCGUGAGCGGCUUUGGUUCCGGCGGCGGCGGCGGCGGCGGUUCUGGAAAGGAAGCGCGUUCCGCCGUCACGCAGCUCGGGAUCUUCGAAGGCUCUGGGCGAGCGGCGGCGCUUGAUGGGCUGGUCCGCGUUUGGGACGUCGAGAGGAGCCAGGGCCUCGCCAUCUGCCACCAGGGGGCGCACAAGGGCGCGCCCCCGCUGACAGCGUUCUCGCUGAGCGGGUGCGGGGAAGGAACCACCCCCCCCCUGGACGACUCGGAGUGGGACGAGGUGUCUCCUGGGGAGAGCGGUUGUUUCUCUGCUCCCGACGACCAACAGCUAACCGCUUCCUACGGGGGGGGCGUCGUGCACUUUGACUGCAGGCAAGGUCGAUCGGGAGGUACGGUGCAAGACCUCUUUCCGGUGGCGCAGUGGGACGUGGACGCGCGUCUGCAGUCUUUGCUCGCUCUCCCGUCCAGCAAGGGUCAGAGCCGCGGCGACCACCGUCACGGCUCCUCCUCGAGACGCAACGGCGACGCCGCCCCGCUGCCGGUGGGGCUGUGCACGGUGUGCGAGGGCGAGGGUUCGUGGGUGGCCGCCGGCUCCGGCGCGGGCAACGUGGUGGUCUUCGACAAGAGGAGACCGGGCGGCAGGCCUCUCUUCUGGUGGAACGCGCACGGCGGGGUCGUUGUCGGCGUGUUUCACGUCGCUCGGCAUCUCUUGCUGACGAUGUCACGCGACCGGACAGCUGUCCUCUGGGACCUGAGCCGCUCCCCAGCGGAGGGCUCGGGGUUCGAUUCAACCGGCACGGGUCCUGCAUUGCUGCGCCACCCGUCGUGGGGGGUGGGGGCCUACAGCAGCGGUGGACAAGAAGGGUCGGGGCUCGCCGGGGGCGGAGAGGGGGGCCACGGGGAAGCAUCCCCGGUGCGGGUUUCCACCGCGUUCGGAUUGCCGGACGCCGCGCCCGGGCUGUCCCCGGCCGCCGUCCUCAUGCUCCCUCUGCCCCCUCCCCCCGCCCGUCCCAGCAACAGGCUGGCAGGCGCUGGGGUUUCCUCCGUGUUCGGAGAAAGUUUUUCCGCGUCGGGGAGAGCCGGCGGCGGCGCGGGAGCGAGAAUUCGGAGAGAGAAGCUGCCCGUGCUGUUUGCCGCGUCCGGCGACAGGAUGGUCGCGAGCGUCGUGCGCCGAGAGCCAGACGCAAGGAGGCGGGAGGAAGAAGUGCACCCGGCGAGAUUUUUGGGCCCGGCGGGGAAGACGGUGAAGGGCAAGAAGGGCGGCGUCGGCGGUGGCGGCGGGAGACGGUCGGCGUCGGGGGCGGGCGGGCUUGUGGUGCGGUCUAUCGCGGUGCUGCCGCUCCGCAGGCUCUCGCUUCUCGGGUGUGCGGAUGGGUGGGUUAGGGUCGGGAUGUGAGAUCGGGGGGUUCGGGCACAUGCCCUGGUUGUUCUCUCUUUUUGGUCGUGGUUCUCUCUUUCUGAUCGUCGUGUGUCUUGUGUUGUGAGGAAAGCGGGUGACUGUUUGUAGGGGGACAGCGGGCCUGUCUAGUUGUUCUGGUCGAAUGGCCAGGGAACAGCCGCAAUGACAUGAUUCAUUUGCGAAAGAAUCGGCACGACAGGGCGAGACACGGGUGUGCGGGAGACGGAGCGCACAGGUGUCCCCCAUGAGCAUACCGCUUUACCACCGUGUUUUUUAUGCCUUCGACGGUGCUUUGUAGAUGUUGACCUGUUCAUGUAGGGGGGUGUUCCGGAGUUCAAUGGUGAUACGUGUUCGCAAUACCGCCCACGGGUGUAAAGUCGGAUAAUGUGAUCUGCCUGUGUGGCAGCUAAUCUCAUCCUUGGGUUUGCCCGGGCUUGUACAGAGGUCUAGAAGUAUUAUUUUUAUUUGUUAAAUCCUUGCCUCAAGGCCGUGUCGUUUUGGCAUCCAGCAACAACACAAUAGAGAGACCGUAGCAUCAUUGUACACCAAAACAGAGUUGAAAUGUAUGCGGAGAACGGGAUACGCUUAGGUUAGGUUUUGUUCCAGCACUUCAGAAUAUUGACAUUCGUCAGAUUAUUGGUUUUGUUAUGAUAACCAAAGUUUUUUUGGAAACCAGUUUUGCUUCUGCCGUCGCUCCGCACGCCAAACUCGUCAAUUUAUCGGUUUGCUUGGGAGAGCGCUGACGAGCGUACGUACGUGUGGUGUGUUUCCCCCGGGGCCCCUCUGAUGGUAUAAUAUUCGCCGGGUUGGUACAACGCAAACAUCGAGUCGUCAAAUGUCUUACUUUUUAAUUUUAAGCCCACGACGGUCCCUAUAGUGUAGUGAAAACGCGGUAUUGUUCAUCCUCGGUUAUA